AUGUUCAUCCUCGGUCUGGUAGGACGCAUCGUCAACGAAGUAACCGGCCAGUCCCAGCGCGACCAGAACCGCUUCGCCCUCGCCCAAGCAAACAACCCCCAACGCACCCAGCCCACCACGGCCGCCGCCCCCUACUGCACCUGCCGCGGCCGCCGCUCCUGCGCCCAGUGCGCCUACGAACCCGCCGUCGCGUACAACUAUCCUUAUGCUGAUGACUACGGCUACGGCGACUACCAUCACCCGUACCUGUCCCGCCGCGACGUCCGCCGCGAGUACCGCCAGGAGCGACGCGCCUUGAAGGCCACGCGAAAGGCGGCGAGGAGGGGGUAUGGGUAUCCUGUUACGGUGCCGGUCGGGGCUGGCGGCUACGCAGGUGCUGCUGGGGCGCCUGUAGGCGGAAACGGGUUUGGCUAUGCUAGGGAUCGGCGAUAUGAUGGUGAGGAGGCCAUGGCGGGACCGUCGUUGCGGGCGGUGAGGCCGGGGCCGGAGCAGCGGGGCCGGAGGGCUAGCUUUGACGCGGGCCACUUGCGGCGCUCUGAUUUAGAGGAGGACAAGGACGAGGAGGAUCUCCCUCCGCAGUAUGAGCGUGGGAAUUGGCAGCCCCAGAUGAGGAGGUCCGCCGAGGUCUUGACAACGGAGGGGAAGUAGAAAGAAUGCUGUAGUGCAAAGGACGAGUGGAGUUGUGGCCGGGCAAUUUCCUGCCCUUUUUGUUUUGUUACGAGUUCGGAUAUCCGAUAGACCAGCAACGGCGUUGGGGAGAAUUGGUAGACAAACCUUUCGUCUUCGAUCUGUACACCCACAUGGGCGCAAUGAUUAUGAUUUUUUGUUUUCUCUG